CUAAGGUUAAGCUUUUCUUUUUAUGCCCCCGCCAUAUAAUGGCUGGGGCAUAUACACUGUCGGGUACGUGAAACGGUGCAGAUUUUCCGUGAUACGGUGCUUCCAUCCAAUAUGGAGGAAGGUAAACAACUAAAAGGAUCCAACUCGUGAAAAUCGAACAUUGUGUGGCGCUGUAACAACAAUAGGAAUAACAAAAGAAAGUAACGGUCGCGAAGAAAACCAAUGCGAAUUUCAUUACAAAAACCUUGGGAACAUCUUAACACUAACUCCAAAAAAUAUGUUUAACUUUCCACCAACAAAUGUCAACAUUACUGCAAAUAAAGAUGAUAAGACCCUAACACUAAACUGCACAUCCGAUUCGUCGAACCCUGUAGCUUUGUUAACCUGGUAUAAGGGAAAUGAAGAUGUAGCCUCAAAUAACUCUAUUAUCACAAGUAAUUAUCAGCCAAUCAUUGCUGACGCUGAGUAUAAUGGUAAAAGUAUAUCGCAAUCUCUCGACAUCAACGUAGACGAUGUUAAAGAUGGAGAGAUGGCUUUCUGUUGUGCAAAGCAUUUGAAUACCGAUCUAUGUACAUCUAUCCAACUUGCACCAUUUAGAGAAUCAUCUGAUAGUUCCAGUCUUACAGCCUGGAUGACGUUGAUUGUUGUUGCGGUUUCCGCCGUCAUCAUUUAAGUGAACAGUAUAACUCUAUUUGUUUUGAGUAUUUUCUUUAAAUUACAGUGUUUCCCCAUGAAAAUCGAUGGUGUGCAAUGAGAGUUAAUCAUACAUUUUUGUGUACGAUUUCUAUCGAGCUAGCGUUUAAUACUUCUUCGAUAGAAAUAUAUUUUGUACUCAACAAUGUAUAAAAACUUCAUAAUAUUAGAUAUCAUAAAAUUGUUUGGAGAAUAAUCUAUGUUUAACUUUUACGUUAAUUUGUACUUUCAAUUCAA